CCAAGACCUUUGAUUUCAACUUGAUAGGAGCAUCAUCUAGAUCUUGUAAAUAUGUUCUUAACACCCUCAUGCAGACAUUUCAAAACAAGAGACUGGCUUAUGCUGUCAAGGAAAGCACUCUUGAUAGUCUAAUUACUGAGCUCCUUCUAUGGCUGUUGGAUGAGAGAGUUCCACAUAUGGAUGAUGGUAGCCAGCUUUUAAAAGCUUUGAAUGUUCUGAUGCUAAAGAUUCUGGAUAAUGCAGAUCGAACUUCAUCCUUUGUUGUUCUCAUCAAUCUCUUACGUCCAUUAGAUCCUUCAAGGUGGCCCUCACCUGCAUCAAAUGAGACAUUUGCUGUCAGAAAUCAGAAGUUCUCUGAUCUGGUUGUUAAAUGUUUGAUAAAACUUACAAAGGUUCUUCAAAGCACUAUUUAUGAAGUCGACCUUGACCGCAUCCUUCAAAGCAUCCAUUUGUAUCUGCAAGACUUGGGGAUGGAAGAAAUUAGAAGAUGUGCUGGUGCUGAUGACAAGCCAUUGCGCAUGGUGAAAACUGUUCUACAUGAACUAGUGAAGCUUCGAGGAGCUGCUAUUAAAGGUCACCUUUCAAUGGUUCCUAUUGACAUGAAGCCUCAACCAAUAAUUCUUGCUUACAUUGAUCUUAAUCUAGAGAAAGCUAUAAAAACUGUCCAACCUGCUACUAGAAGAGAAGGGUUUUCUGCCAUUCCUAAUGUAAAAUUGGAAGAUGUAGGUGGACUAGAUCUUAUAAGGAAGGAACUUGAUCGAUUCAUAAUUAGGCAUUUCAAAUACCACGAGAAAUUUAAGUGUGUUUGUGACUGGGAUGAUCGUGAAAAUAAGUUUAUUGAAGUUGAAGGAAUUUUGAGAAGACAGAUAAAGGUAAAGUGUUGUUUAUUUUUUCAUAGUCUUAAGAGAUAAAAAAAUAUUGAAUUU